AUGUACUUCACUCGGUUCGACAUCAAGUCAGUGAGUGGUGUUCCUGGCGUUAUCUUUGCGCUUGGCUCGUGCGGUGCAGCUACAUUAAAACUCCACGGACCUGUUGGACUUCGCGGGUUUCUAGGCGCUAUUCGGAGCUUUGUGCGGCGCAAGUAUCCUCAGAUUCAAUGCGUUGAAAUCGUUGAUACAAUUGGAAAAGAGCAACCUUCAACGCGUGGAGACGCUGAGUCCACUGAGUUCGAAGAGUGGAGGGACGGGGCUGAGCGAACUGACCAACACGCGAUGAUAAUCCCGGUUGCGCUUGGAAGAGAUGGUGUGAACCCGCAAGGCUGCAUACUCUGUGAGAAGGGUGCACCUAAAAGAGAGCCCCAGGGUGCGGGUAGUAAGCCAUCUCCAGUUAGUGCCGGCGACGUUCAGAUCAGCCAGAUUGGGCGCAGACGUGAGAACGAAAGUGACGAGCAUGAGCAGUGGCGAUCAUGGCUUCUUCGGUAUUACACAGCCAAGUUACCAGCGAAAGUUCCCUAUGUCGAUGUCGUCCUGAAUCGGUAUCGUGGACGCUACGAUGAUUUGAAAGCGCAAUUAUGUGCGAAACCGCUGGAUCGAAGGUGGCUGGAAAAGUUUUACGCUGCUCAUCACCCGGAGAAGGUGGCUCAUAUCGAUAGAGUACUCCGCCAGUUUUCCGGUCGAGAAGAUGAUCUCAAGCAAAUGUUACUGAAGAAGUUUCAGUACACGCCGCAUCCAGUAGUGUGGAUCAUCGACUGCCCCACACUGGACCAUCUCGCUGACUUGGAAAGCAGAUUCUCGGGCUACUGUGAAGCGCAUUUCCCCUCGCUCGUGGUUCAUCUAAGCCCGCCUAAUGUGCAAACACACCCCAGUUAUAAGCAAUGGAUGGCAAGUCUGUGCUCAUUGCCUUCACGGCCUGAACAACUGGUUUUUAACGGCGCAACGCUGCAAUCGGUCGCACAAGGUGCAUUCAGCUACGCGUUUGUGUCAUCGGCAAAGGCCGCUAACGCGUCGUGGUCUGCUGAAUCCCCGUAUCAGCGCCAAAUUAUCCAGCGUGCAGAGGGUUGCGACCGUGAAGUACACGUCGCUCAAAGCAAGCUGCACUUCCGCCUAAUGCACCCCAAGGAGCCGCGACUAGAAUUUAACUACGAACGCACGGGGAAGCUCAUUGUGCUCGGCACUGGAAGUGCUGCGCCUUCCAAGCUCCGCGCAAGCAGCGGGAUCUACAUGGAGCUGUCAGGAACUGAUGCUGCUGACGUGGACAGUAUGCUCGUGGACUGUGGGGAAGGAACAUUCGGCCAGUUGUGGCGUCAAUUUGGCUCCGACGUGACUCGACGCAUUGGUGGCUUGCGCUGUAUCUGGAUCAGUCAUAACCACGCCGACCACCACUGUGGAUUAGUUCGCGUGCUGUACGAGUAUUGGUAUUUCCAGACGCAUCGCAAGGAUGGCAACUGUCCACGACCGCUGGUGGUGGUGGCACCUCAAUCGGUGCUAUCGUACGUGGAGAGUUGGCUGCCUCAGAUUCUUCACUCAAGGUCCGACCGCGAGUUGAUCAGAUUGGCAACGUGCUCAGAUUUCAACGACCCUCGUCACCCUCUGCGGCAACACCUUUUGUCACAGAUCCGCCACGCCGUCUCCAGCUUUCUCAGCGUGCGCGUGUUCCACUGCUACGACUCGUACGGACUCGUGCUAACGCUGCAAAACGGGAAGAAACUCGUGUACUCCGGAGACACCAAGCCCUGCAACGAACUCGUAUUGGCAGGUUUGGGGGCUGAGUUGUUGGUGCACGAGGCGACAUUCGACGACUCGAUGGAGGAGGACGCAAUGAAGAAGAAGCACAGCACAGUCGGCCAGGCGCUGGACAUUGCGCGGCGGAUGCGAGCGCGACAAGUUGUGCUCACACAUUUCAGUCAGCGAUAUCCGUCGCUCCCGCCGCCAGUAUCGGACGGCGAAAGCAACAUUGCAACUGCAAAUGUGCUGUGUGCGUAUGACGGAUUCGUGCACCCGAUGCCGUUCUGA